AUGUCGAACCGCUUCUUUCAACCCCCAUCCUCCCCAUCCUCCCCAUCGCUCCCACAACCCUCGACGCCAAACCGCCCCAACAAUAGCGGCGGUAUUAACAACAGAAGCAACAACAUCAACAACACGCGAAACCUCGAAGUCAACCCGGACUUGCUCCGCUCCUUCGGGAGCCACCCCUCCACGACCCCCGCCGCACCCCCGCCACAAAAAUUGUCCUCCUCGGCCGCAAGCUUCACCCCGGCCGGCGCGCCCUCGGCACAGUACCUGGGCAGCUCCAUCAUGAGGGGCAUGUCAGCCGGCAGCAACAACAACAAUAAUGGGGGAGGUCCGCAGGGGCUGUUUACCAGCGGCGCGGCUGGAGUUCCUAAGAGGAACUUGUUCGCUGCUGGUGGUGGUGGGGGAAGGAAAAAGGUUCCGCUUGGGAGGUCGAUUGUGGGCGGCGAGCAGAGGCCGCCUCGUUCGAGGUUGGGGAUGUCGGUUGCUUUUCAGGAUCGGGAUCACCAUGAUGAUGAGAAUAAUGAUGGUGAAGGUGAAGGUGAAGGUGAAGGUGAAGGGGCGGGGAAGAGUAGGACGUUUGGCGUGCCGUUUGAUGAGAGCUAUGGCGAGGAAGAGGACGAGGACGAAGAGGAGGUUGGGGAUAACGAUGACGAGGGUGAUGGGGAUAUGUGGCUCGACAUGCCUGCCCAGGGCGGCGGGGACUGGAACGGGAUCGGCGAGGAGUCGGACCUGAUGAUGCUCAAUACGCCCGCGGCAACGGAGCGUGUGAGGAGGGAGGCUGAAGAUAUUUUCCGCGCGUCCGCAGUGCACACCGGCGGCGGCCUACACCGCCGCAGAGAGUUCCGCUACGCCGCCCUCGCCAAAGACACGUACACACAGCUGGGAACCGCCCCAAUCACCGAGCCGCCGAAUGUAAUCCUUGGCACGGACGCGCUGGUCGCCAGGUUGUAUGAUGAGGGUGUUGGCGAGGCGGACGACGAGGAGAAAAUGGAUGACGCGCUAGCCACGGUGGCUGGCAAGCUGGCGGCGCUUUGGAAGGAUUACGUGGAUACGCUCCCGCAGCCUACCGAGGAGCAUGUUGCCGAGAUAGGGCCUGGCCCGCAUGCGACCCCGUUUGAGAAGGCGAACUACCUUGCCAAUCUGGCGCUGCAGAUCCAUCACACGAGAUACGACGAGUCGGGCGCCGGCCGCGUUGAACCCCUCCCCGAGACCAUGUUCCGGUGGCUCAACGAGUAUCACGACAUGUACGGCAACCAGGUCGACGAGAUUCUGCGUCAUCGGCCCAGUCCGGCGUGUCAUUCGCUCUUCUGGCAGGCCGUCUUCGUCGCUCUGCUGCGCGGCAACGUCGGCGACGCGGCGAAGCUGCUCAGGCAGGCCGGCUGGGCCCACGUCCGGCGCGGCGGCCAACGUGGCGAGUACGCUUAUGUUGACCGCGCGCUGGAGAAUGUGCAGCGCGCUGCCGAGGAGACGAUCGCUGUUCUCGAGAGAUGCCCGGGGUACGACGGCAACUGGGACAUUUGGAGCAGCGACUGGACUCUGUUCCGCGUGCGGGCGCAGGGCGCGCUCGACCACCUGAGGCGCUUUGCAGAAGGGAAGGAGACUGGAUUUGGCGAGUCGGCCUUCUCUGCGUCUGCCGCGUCGGCGAGAAGCAGGCAGUCCAUGGCCGGCCUGGCGCGGCGGGCCGAAAGCCAGGUGCCGUGGGAGAUAUACGAAAAUCUGAACAUUGUAUUCGACAUCGUUCUUGGGCAGCAGGGCGCCAUUCUGGAAGCGGCCCAGGACUGGCUCGAGGCUACUGUUGGUCUCUUUGGCUGGUGGGAUGAGCGGAAGGCCAAGACGGAGAAUUCGCUGUCACGGUCACAGGCAUUGGUGCUGGCCUCGGCGCCGACCACGGAUGCCGAGAGUUACCUUGACAGGCUCUCGCGUGCUUUCCACGCGGCGGUCAAGUCGGAUUUCCACUUCAAUUCACAGAACCCCAUCGAGAUUGGCAUGGCCUGCGUUUUUGAGGACAAUAUCAAGGGCGUGAUAGGCCUGCUUCGCGCAUGGUCGCUCCCGAUCGCUUCCGCCGUGGCCGAGAUUGCAUCUCUAGGAAAGUGGCUGCCUCCUCACCAGCCCUCCGCUCUGUUCGGACUCGAAGAGCUGGAUAUGGACGAUCUGGAAGUUCUGGGCAUGGAUCCUGGUGCGCCAGACGAGAUCGACGGGAUCAAGGACAGUACCUUGGCACAAUAUGCGCAGGCGCUCGCGGACUACGACGAGCUCUCUACUGUGACGCACAAGUCAGGGGUCUCGCGGGAUGGCUGGGAGUUGGCGAUCAGCGUGUUGGGCAGGAUGGACUCGCCGGAGCGGUCUGACGAAAUGGUCAGAGAUCUGGUGGAUCACAUUAUUCAAGGCAUGCAUGUGGAUUCCAAUGUGAUGGUGGACAAGCUCUGGGCCUUGUUGAAUGAGCUAGGCAUGAUUGCCUAUGCCGAGGAGACGGUAGAGACAUAUGGAGAUAUCCUCGCCCGGGAUUCCCAUCGCUACGGCGAAGCCAUGUGGUACUACGCUCUCGCGCACCGGCCAAACAAGGUCCGCGAGGUCAUGAACUUGCUCAUCUCGUACUCGUUGAUCCAGUCGACGGCAUUCCCGCCCAACAACGACCUCGACGAUUAUCUUCACAAGCUCCUCACGGACCGCAGCAGGACGCUAGAGCAAUGCGCCAAGCAGGAUAUGGAAGCGGCCGAGCUUCUGGGGAAGAUGCUCAGCGGCUAUGCCGCACUGCGGCAGUUUUAUGACAUUCGCGACAACGAGAGCAGCCUGCCGAACGCGACUCCUCUGGCGCGACGCCAGCAGGCCGCGGCCGCGCUGAUCAGCGUCAUCGCCAGCUCGGACGACAACAUCCGCGGUGGCCUGUUCGAUCAGACCCGUGACGGCAUCGUCAGCGAGGACUUCCUCCUGGCUUUGCUCGGCGAGGCGCUCGUGUUUGUCAGCAACCCGGACAACACCAACGUCCACCACGGCCAGUUCACCGCGCCUGUCAUUACGCUCGACCAGAUCGACACAAUCCUCAAGGCCAUUGAGGACCUGCAAGCCGUCGGCAGCAGGGUUUAUACCGCGUGCGACGAGUUCCUUCAGCUCGUACUCGCGUCUGCGCCCGGCGGGCUGAAAGGGUCUACACCGGCCGACUUGCUGAAGAGCACAUCCGGAGGGGGAGGAGGAGGGUCUGGCUGUCUGGUACUGGCUGGCAGCUCGCUUGUCGCGAGCCAGCUGCAGCGGUCGCUUAGCGGGAGUGGCGGCCUGGGUAAGGUGAAUGCUAAAAGGGGGUGGGACUGGCGGACGGAGGUAGCGGCCAAGACCACCGGGGCGGACAUCAUGCGGCGGCUCAGGCUGGGGUUGGCGAAGGACUUGGCGACCUUGUGGCUGGCGGAUGCGGAUGCCAUGGUUUGGUGA